UACCAGUCGUGCCAUGCGUAUUUAUUAGUUUUCAGCUCGGCCCAUUAAGGCGUUGGCUGGGUGUACCAAGAUGGAGGCGAGCGAUCCUCCCUUCGGCUCGGGGUCGGCUGGCGUUCGGCUGUUUCCGUGUAAUGGGCGUGGUCACGACUUGCAUCAGGACCAGCUGCUACUCCUGUAUCUGCGGGAAUAGAGCAUCAUCAUUUGGGGCAGGAGAGCAGCCAGGACCGGGCAGGACAUGAGCUAGGGGCCCCUCCCUGCACCCACACAGACAGCCAGGAUGGCGGAGAUCACCAAUCUCACCCCCAGCUUCGGUAAGAGGCUUUCUGUCUUAGGAAUUUAGGUCAUGGGAGGGGAAUAGUGUGAUAAGGAUAAUUGGGCACACGUUCUCUUUAAAUAUGGGUAUUGUUUUUUUGGGGGAUCCGGAAAUUACUGAUGUACAAUUUAGUGUUGGGGAUCUGGAUGCAGAUAAUACAGGGGUUCCUGCUAUUUGUUAUGUGAAUAAUAGGGGUUUAAUUCCUGUUGUUUUUUUAUUGGAAUGUUGGGGGGUGUCUGAAAUAUCAGAAACCGGGGGAGGAUUCUGACAUGGCUGGUUGGGGAUCAAUAAGGAUUGUCAUAUGGAUAUUGGAGAUUAAUCAGAGUGUGAUGUGGAUAUUGGGGUUCAAUAUAAUUGUGGAGUAGAUAUAAGGUUUUUUUUUUUUCAAUUUUAUAUUGGGGUUCAGGGUACUUUGUUUGUGCAUUGUAAGGUUAAGAGUAAUUUUUGAUUUAGAUAUGGGGUGUUGAUGAUAUUAAAGUUUGGGGUAUAGAUGGUGUGGCUAUUAGGUUUCGGGGGCUAGGUGCGAUCAAUACUGAGGUUUUGGUUCCAAGACUAGGUGCUAUUUAUUUUGAGGUUUGAGCUGUAGUUGAUGUGGAUAUUGUUAAGGUUCAAAGGCUAGGGGCUGUUGUUAUUGGGGCCUGGGCUAUAGUUGAUGUGGCUAUUAUUAGGGUUUAAUGGCUAGGUGCUGUUGAUAUUGAGAUUUGGAUUAUCGUUGAUAUGGGUUCAUGGCUUGGAUGUUGAUAUUCAGGUUUAGGGCAUUAGGUAUGGAUAUUUGACUUUUGAGACUGGGUGUUGAUAUAUGAUGCUAGGGGGAUAAAUCAUGUGCUUAUUAGGAUUUCAGACUCUGAGUGGUGGUGUGCUUUGGAUGAUAUAUGAAGUGGAUGAUUGGUUUUGUUGAUAUGAAGGUUUAAAUAAUAUAUGAUUUAAAUCUUGAGGUUCAGAGACUGUGUACUGGUGGUGUGGUUUUUGGCAUAUUCCAUAUCAUGUUACAGUUAGGGGGUUUGUUGUUGCUCAUAAUAAGCCCUAUGGUAUAUGCACUUAUGAUGUUAAGGGUUCAGAAUCUGGGUGUUGUCGACUGAAGUCUGAGACAUAUACAAUGUGGAUUUUAGGUUUGGAGGGGAUUCAUUUUUUUGUGGGACAGUGUGAUGGGGUAUGCUGGGGCUGUGAGAUAACUGUACUGUGGGUGGACAAUGUGAUGGAAGAAUUGUUGUAUAAUCUCAUGACAAUAUUCCGAGAAAGUGUUGUGAGGUAUCUGGGUAUCGGCAGUGUUCUAUUUUGGAAGUUUCAUAGAGUUGGAUCCUUCCAUGAUGUAGAUAUUAUGUCCCUAAUUCUAUUUACUGUUAUUGCAGGAUCUUAAUUUGGUAUGUGUUGAUUGAUGGCUGACAAUUGGUUUUACCAAGAGAGUCUGCCUACAGGAAAUGUGCCAUUCUAUUUAGGAUCACCCAUGCUGCCACUCAUCUGCUACCUCCCUUAUUGCAAAUACUAGUGCACACAGGUCCUUUCUCCCACAAUCCCUGUCUGAGCUAACCUAGUAUACAUAAAUAGUACAUGAAAGGUGUGUCCCAGUAAUGGAUUAUGGAAGACUGUCCUUUGAGUAUUUGCCAUGUAAUGCUGGGCCCCAAGACAGUGGCUUCUGCAUCUUCACAUGACGUCAUGUCUGUUACCAGGACAUUAUGAAGGCUUGCGUAUUCCCCCGUGGCUGUCUAAGCAAUAUAUUCACUGGGAGAUGGGGAGCUUAUUGCAUUUAAGUUAUUUAAGAGAACAUUUAUUUUUAUGCAUAUUGGAGAGGUUUUGCCUGAAAUUUGGUCUUCAGCUUUGGUUGAAGUUAGUUCAUGGGAGAAGCUCUCUAAUUUUGGAAAUAGUAAGAUUUGAGUGAGAUCCUCAAAGAGGAGAGGGUAAGGCUCCAAGUAAGGAGCAGAUGGGCAAGAUUAAGACUAAAUUAGUAUAGAAGUUGUUCAGGAAAAGCUUCCUCAUUUAUGAGAGAAGACUCCUACAAGGCUUUCUCAAUUUCAGAAUAAUUGAAGGGAUCAUGUUGAGCCCCGUGACUUGGAGAGGGGAAAAGUCUCUGAGACAGGGUAGUGAAGGCUAGUGUACUGUUGAGUUGGGUAUAUGUAGGAGUUGGUGAGAGGUACAUGUCACAAUGACUGUGUGUGUAUUAGGGGGAUGUACAUGUUUUAAUGAUUUUGUAUGAGAGGUACAUGUCAUGGGGAUUGUGUAUUAGGGUGGGACAGAGAUGCAUGGCAUGAUGACUGUGUAUUAGAGAACAGAAGUGCAUGUUAUUAUGUCUUUUACAAGAAGUGAGAGGACCAUGUCCUGACGUCUGUAUUAUGAGGAGGCAAGUGACACAUGUUUUAAUUACUGCGUAUUAGGAGGAGGCGAGUGACACAUGUCCUAAUAACCGUAUAUGAGUAAAUAGUCACAUGUCUUAAUGUCUGCAUAUUAGGAAGGGGGCAGAGGUAUGUGUCCUGAUGUCUGUAUAUAAGAUGGUAGAGGAGGUGAGAAGUAUAUGUCUUGAUGCCUGUGUAUUAGCAGGUGGACAGAGGUAUAUGUACUUCUGUCUGUCUAUAAUGAAGCUGAGAAGUGUCCUGAUGUAUUCUUGUUGGGAAAAUGUUCUUUGGUAUAGUGUAUUAGGUAAGGGUGAGAGGCAUACGUCUUCAUGUAUUUUUACUGGGAUAAUGCGUCCUGAUGUCUGUGCUAAUUGGAGGCAGAGGGGGUUAGAAGUUUGUGUCCUACUACUUGUGUACUAGAGCUUCACAUGAUAUAUGCAUACUUAUGUCUGUAUUUGGGUGAAGUGAGAGAAGUACAUGUCCUGAUGUCUGUGCAUUCAGAGAAAGUGAGAGGUACGUGUCCCGAUGUCUGUGCAUUAAAAGAAAGUGAGAGGUACAUGUCCCGAUGUCUGUGCAUUCAGAGAAAGUGAGAGGUACAUGUCCCGUUUGCCUGUGCAUUCAGAGAAAGUGAGAGGUACAUGUCCUGAUGUCUGUGUAUUUGGUAGAAGUGAGAGGUACAUGAUCUAAAGUCUGUGUAUUUGGGUGAAGUGAGAGGUACAUGUCCUGAUGUCUAUAUUUGGGUGAAGUAAGAGGCACGUGAUCUAAUGUCAGUGUAUUUGGUGAAGUGAGAGGUACAUGUCCUGAUGUCUAUGUAUUUGAGUGAUGUGAGAGGUACACAUCCUGAUGUCUGUGCAUUUGAUGAAAGUGAGAGGUACAUGUCCUGCUGUCUGUGUAUUUGGGUGAAAGUUAGAGGUACAUGAUCUAAUGUCAGUGUAUUUGGUAGAAGAAGUGAGAGGUACAUGUCCUGUUGUCUGUGUAUUUAACCCCUUAAGGACCAAACUUUUGGAAUAAAAGGGAAUCAUGACAUGUCACACAUGUCAUGUGUCCUUAAGGGGUUAAUGGAAGUGGGAAGUACUGCUUUAUUUGCCUUGAGGGGAGCUGAGAGAUAUAUACCACGCCAUUAGGAGGGAAUGAGAAGUACAUGUUUUGAUCUGUAUGUAUUAUGAGGCAGAUGAGGUUAGAGGUAUCCUCAUACCUGUGUUUCAGAGGAGGUGUUUUCAGGGGAUAUGUGGUCUGGGCCUCCUGAUAUCUGUGUGUUAGAAGGCGGCGAUUGACAUGUGGCUUGAUGUCUGUAAAUCGAUGCAAUACUCAGGUGUAAUGUUGCACCCGGGACCUGUGAUUUACCAAGGGAAUAUUAAUGCUAUACCUGGUGAACACUGCGGUACCUAAGAAAGAGUUAAAAUAUGAUGCUGUAUAAUAAAUAAAUAUAUAUCUUUAUACACAGUAUAUAUACUGUAUUGUAAAGGUUAUGAAUAAAUGAUAUACCCAGCAGCCAUGAUGUACCCAGUGAAGCCAGUCAUGUAUAAAUACUGCACUCUGGGAUUGGUUAUAAAUAAAUGCAGUACUCUGGGGUUAAUGUUGUACACAGGAUCGAAUGUACAGUAAUGUUGUGCCCAGAGAGGGAUACAAUACCCAGGGAAGGGUUAUACAUUUUUUAACCCCUUAAGGGCCAAACUUCUGGAAUAAAAGGGAAUCAUGACAUGUCACACGUCAUGUGUCCUUAGGGGGUUAAAGCCAGAUGUAUGCUUUUGACACUAUUGAUUAUAAAUAGAAACUGUAUCCAGAGGCUGAUGUUGAACCCAAGAAAGAGUUUAAAAUAAAUGAUUUACCUGUAUCCAUGGGCGGAUUAUAAUUGCUAAUGCAGGCCAGGCAUCAUGCAGUUCCACUUUUUACUUUAAAAGUCUUCCGAUAGAAUACAUCUGCAUGAAAGAUAAUCGAAAUGGGAAUGACUGCAGUCAUAUGUUGAUGUGUUAAAUAAAUACAUCUACGGAGAGAGGAAAUCUACUCCUUACAGGUCUGGGGGCAAGUAGUGAUGGACCCCUGGGAUUUUUCCAAGUCAGCACAUUAUUCAUUGUCUACAUGCAUCCCCGGUGAAUACUUACUAUUCAUAGGAAAUUCAUGUGUGUAAAGGAAGGAGCAGCCCAGAACUCAUUAUCCCAACCUGGUCAAUAUCGGGUCAUUUAGUGGCCUAUUUUCUAUCUGCUUAUAACAUACUGUGGGGGUCUAUUUACUUCAUCAAGAAUUGUUGAGAAUCGACAAGAGAAUUGCAAAUGUAGGCCAAAAUAGCCCAUUUGGGAACAUUCUCCAAGUCAGCUAUUUGUCCAGCAUGAAUGAUUGUUAUGGCCUUUUGUUUGGAACAAAAGCAUUUGCCCCAGUAAUAUAAUAUGGCUGCUUGUAGGUUAUAGGCAAAGACUGAGCACAUUACGGCUAAUGGACCAGAAACAGUGUCACAGAGAUGAGAGCGAGAGAGAAUGUGUUAUUCAAUAUGACUUUAUAAAAUAUCUGAUUAAUAAAGACAAAAUUAAGUGAAUUAAAGAAUAGUUAUAAUAUAAGGACACUCUGAGUACCAAAACUACUUCAUUUUAAUAAAGUGAUGUUGUUGAAUAGAUCAUUUCUCUUUUGUGUUGUAAUGUGAAACAUUGCUGUUUGUGAGAAAGAGCAAUGUUUACAUUUUGCCAACAACAAGCCAGAACUUCCUCUCUAAAGACUUUCAGUUACUGGAAGUCUUCACAUACGGUGACAUCAUGCAUAGCAUAAUCCCAACAAAUGCAGUGAGUGCUUGUUAGAGACAAGCAUUGGCUUCAGUGCUUCUCUGUGAGACGCACACAAUGGCUGACAGCAGUGAUUGCCACUCAUGCCCAGAAAGUCUCCAGUGCUUCUGUCCAAGAAGCAUUAGAUUGGACCAGAGAUCAUCGAGAUGGACGGAGCAGUGGUUGCCCGUGGGAGACAGCUCAACGCUGGUAAAAAAAAAUGAGUAAAAUCUUUGUUUUCUAUAUUCAUAGGGUGGUACGCCAUGAUCCAAAAUAAACACAUUAACAAUAAAUAUAUUGUUGCAAUAAUAGAUGUUAGUUAAAAGAGGAGUAGAAGUUUGUUUUAAAAGGUUGGGAGGCAAUAUUUGUAAAACUCCAUGAAACACAUUAAAGGGACAGCUUAAUGUAGUGGUUCUGGUGUCUAACAUGUGCCUGGAGCCUUAACAUUUAGAACCUUCAAGAGAACCUUAGACCCUUCAGAGAAAAGGCAAUGUAACAAUGACAAUACUUCCUGUGUCAAUGCUGCACAGUGUGCAGCACUGGCGUUGAGCGUCUCCACACUCUGCAUGAAGGCACUGAAUGUUCCCCAUUGAGAUGCAUUGAUUCAAAGCAUCUCUAUAAGGAGAUGCUGAUUGGCACAGCUGUCCUAUGGGAAAGUACUGGAAUGGCUGAGAUCAGCAAAAUUGAUGAUCUCGGCCAUAAAGGUUGAGCCAGGCAGGGCCAGCCGCAGUGAGAUUGGAGCAGCGUGGGAGAAAAGGUGAGUAAAAUCACCUGUAAUCUCUGGGAUUGGGGGGGGUGGGGUGAGGGGGAGUGUAGGAGACUAAUUCAGUAUUUCAGCACUACUUUGUCAGGGAUACAGGUUUGUAUUUUUGACACUAUAGUUCCUUAAAAGGACAAUGCAGGACACCAUAACAACAUCAUCGGAAUAAAAUUGUUAUGGUGCAAAUAGGUCCCGAGUGGUGGCUUACCUUUAGGGGUGAGACCAUUAUCGAAUGGUUUAACCUCAAAGACUUCAGUCCGCAGAGAGUAGAGUCUUGCAGGACUGCAUCCAGAAAGUGCCUCUACUGGCUUUCUGAGUGACAAUUACUAGAGGUAGCUGUAGGAAGCAAUGUAAACACUGCCUUUUUGGCCACUGGGCCUUAAAGGAUCACUAUAGGGUCAGGAACACAAACAUGUAUUCCUGACCCUAUAGUGUUAAAACCACCAUCUAGCCCCUUGGGGCCGGUCAUGCCUCCCUAAAAAUAGCAAAAUCUUAUUUUUAUUCAAGCCUGAGGCUGUAGCUCUGCAUGCUGUUUGCCUCAGAAUAGUCAAUAGUCAAAACCUGUCUGCUGACAUAAUCAGAAGUGGUGGCCUGAUCCAAUCACAAUGCUUCCCCAUAGGAUUGGCUAAGACUGACAAAGAGGCAGAUCAGGGGCAGAGCCAGCAUGAUUCAAACACAGCCCUGGAUAAUCAGCAUCUCCUCAUAGAGAUGAAUUGGAUCAAUGGAUCUCUAUGAGGAAAGUUCAGUGUCUGCAUGCAGAGGGAGGAGACACUGAAUGUUUGGAUGCAUUUUAGGCAGCCAUGACCCAGGAAGGAUCUCUAACAGCUAUCUGAGGAGUGGCCAGUGAAGUUAUCACUAGGCUGUAAUGUAAACACUGCAUUUUCUCUGAAAAGACAGUGUUUACAGCAAAAAGCCUGAAGGAAAUUAUUCUACUCACCAGAACAAAUUCAAUAAGCUGUAGUUGUUCUGGUGACUAUAGUGUCCCUUUAAUCAUGAAUGAUUAUAAAUAGUCAGACCAGCGAAUUUAGAAUUUUAGACCAAAGUAGUUGAGCUGGUGAUAUAACCGAGUUGGAGAAUUUUUUAAUUGACAUUUGCAACUCCCUAUCAAUUCUCCUCAAUAGGAGGUUUAGUGAAUAAUCCUAUAUGUGUGCACGUUUUUGUUUUUUUCAUGUAAAGAAGAAAUGAAAAGGGUUUCGAAAAAUACCCCUUUCUGUCUCAUUAGAGAUAUCUGUGCCUGAAGCUUAAGAAAGCUAUGUGAAUAGUCAGUGUAGGACCCACCUAAGAGGUCUGCCUUGACGUGGCAGGUGGGCAUUGCCUCUCAUUGCCAUUGGAGUUACUAAAUAACCUCCAUUUGUUUAAAUAUGCAUAGGGAUUUGGGAAGUGCGCAGGUAACUUAUUUUCUUUGUUUUUUACUGUAUGUAUUGGCACAGAACAAAUUUACACAACCUGCAGACAAGCAAAAUAGAUAAAAUAACGUGGUCUGUCCACGCACCGGUAGAGGUUACGUUCCGCUCAUUAUAUGCGGCUAGGGGCAAAGAUAUGUGGCGACUGAAUGAAGGAUUGGCUCUGUUCAAUCCAAUCCUUACACAAAUUUAGGACAGAAUUGGGAAGCUAUUUUGAGGAAAAUUCACAAUCCCAAAUCACAUCAAGUACAAGAUGGCUUGGCCAUAAGGAUGUCAUGAGAGGUCUGUACAUACAGUCGGGUGCCCGGGCAAAGAGGGCAUGUGAGCAGGAGACGGACCCCCUUAAACAACAAAUAGAGGAAUUGGAAAGGUUACAUAAACAAAACCCAACAUAGAAAUUAGGACACAAACUCACACUAGUGACAUAAAGCAAUUGCAUAUCACCAAGAGACAUAUGCAUAAAUUAAAGCACACAUAUUAUUCCCAGGGUAAUAGGGUAGGCAAGCUACUUGCCUCCCAACUUAAAGCCAAAUACGCACAAACCAAAAAUAGCGUCCAUUUAUAACAAAGAAGGCACUAAAGUUUCCAACCCAAUGCAUAUUCUCAAUGAAUUUGCGAACUUUAAUGAAACUCUGUACAACCUGAAAGAUAACAAGGACGUAUUACAGCCCACAGAUGUAAAUAUAACAAAAUUCCUACAACACAUUGACCUUCCAAGCUUGACUGUUGAUAAUGUGACAGCAUUAGACGCGCCCUUCACCCCUGAGGAGAUUCAUGAGACUAUCAACUCAUUGCCCAAACAUAAGGCCUCGGGCCCAAAUGACCUCUCUAACAUAUAUUACCUGACCUUUGCAUGGCAUCGGGCAAAAUGCCGCCCAAAAUGCUGAAGGCACAUAUCAUCACGCUACCAAAGCCAGGCAAACCACCCACUAAAUGUGAAAACUUCUGUCCGAUUUCGUUACUGAACGCGGACACAACAUUUUUUGCCAAACUUCUGGCCACUCGCAUAAAACAAUUGUUGCCCUCACUGGUAGCAAGGGAGCAAGCGGAGUUCGUGCCCGGCAGCCAAGCAGGAGACAAUACCAGAUGCUUUAUGGAUCUCAUGGAGCUACUCAAUAGGCGGGGAGAAGCGGGGUUUUUGGUAGCGCUGGACGCCGAAAAGGCCUUUGACCGUCUACAUUGGGGUAUAUGACGGAAGUUCUCCACAAAUUCGGCUUUCCACCCAAAUUCGUAAAAGCCAUGUUAGCAUUAUACACCAAUCCUUACGGCCAAAGUACUAAAUACAGGGUUCCUUGCCGCCUGACCAAUGGCACUGGUCAGGGAUGCCCAUUAUCGCCGCUCAUUUUUAUCCUGGCCCUAAAACCCCUAGUAAAACAUAGUAAAUUACAUGACGGUAUCAAAGGGGUACAUACUCACAUAGGAGAACAGAAACUAGCAUUGUUCCCAGACGAUAUACUACUCAUCCUCACUAAACCACAAGCCUCAUUGCCGACUCUGAUGGACCUCCUACAGACAUACGGGGCAGUAUCCUGCUACAAAACGAAUCGCUCAAAGACACAAGCGUUAGCUAUCAGUAUGACGAAGGAAGACAAAAAUCUAAUUUCGUCCCAAUUCCAGUUUGACUGGAUAGAUAGAACCUUAACAUACCUAGGAAUCCAAUUGGCAACUAAUAGGCACACUAUGAUCAAGGAGAAUCAUUUGAAAAUGUUAGCCAAACUACAGCAAACACUACAUGCUUGGGAGGGAAAGUCGGUCUCCUGGCUCAGUCGAGUCAAUCCCAUUAAAAUGAUGGUGCUGCCACAAAUCCUGUUCCUAUUCUGAACUCUACCCUUAGAUCUCUUGAAAUCAAUCCUAAGCAGAUUCCAGAAACUAAUUAAUGCACAUAUAUGGAAGUGCAAGCCACCCCGAAUAGCUGUCUCAAAUAGUGAUGUCCCGAACUGUUCGCCGAGGGUCUUCUGCUUAUUGGCUGGAAUGUGUCUGCUGACCGGAGUUCGUGGCGAACCGUUCGCGAACAGUUCGAGACAUCACUAGUCUCAAACCUUUAUUAUAUCACACACGAGGGCGGAUUGGGAGUCCCAGACGUACACAGAUACUAUAUAGCAAUGUCCCUAGCCCAACCGGGGGCAUUACUUAAUGUCUCUGAACAAGCUUUCUGACUUUAAUGUGGGUCCCGACACAUCUCCACCCCCUAACAUAAAACCUUUCCAAACGACCAAAUGCACUUGUGGUAUAUGGCAUGAAUGGGCAGAAAAACACCUGGAACCAGACCCCCUCACUUUAUAUGCCCCGAUACAAAGCUUACAAUAGUUCACACCUGACAUCUCACUUACUGCCUGGGAUCAGGCGGGGAUAGAGAAAGUGGCAGAGUUAUACCACGAAUCGAGGUUGCUGCGUUUCCCAGAUAUACAAAAUAAAUACAAAUUAUCACCAAGAGAAAUAUUCACAUACUUAAGGAUCAAACAUAUUCUGUCCAAAAUCACAAAUGCUCCCUCAAAGCCAUUGAUAAAAGGGGACUUUAAUAAACUGUGCAAAGGUACAGAUAAAGGCUUAAAGCCUCUGGUGAUAUGCUACAGGGCACUUCAGAACACCGUAAAGCCAGUAAAGUUCUCCUAUAUGGUCAACUGGGAUAAUGAGUUAAACACACAAUUAACAAACAUUCAAUGGCAAAAGGCCUUGAAACACACAAAACAGGCAACGCACUGCGUCAACCACCUAGAAGCAUCCUAUAAAGUUUGGAUUAAAUGGGAGUUGACCGUGCACAGGUUCGCUCACAUGUUUGCUAAUAUAUCUUCUCAGUGUUGGAGAUGUGAGAGGCAGGUAGGAACCAUGGGGCACGUGUUUUGGCACUGUAAUAAACUUAAAAACUUCUGGGAGGCAAUAAAGGCCUUAAUACACGACCUGGUCGGAAUAUCAUUGCCAUUGGAAAAUGAAACAUACCUUUUACACAUACUGCCUGAUGACUUAACUAAACUUAAGAGGGCAAGCAUUAUUCAGGUGCUUAUUGCUGCUAAAAGCGGCGUAGCAAAGAAUUGGAAAUCCAAAGGAUUGUGAUGGUGAUGGAGAGGUUGACCUCCAACAGACUCCAUGAAGAAAUGUACCGGCGUAGACUACAGGGCACAACUGAAAGCUUUAAUUGCAUAUGGGCCAAUUGGCAUAAGGUUAACCAGCUCCAUACUACAGUGGUCGGCUCCAACCUAUAAGUACACGACAUAAAAAACUCACAUAGUACAGAUACCCAUGGAGAUACUCAACCACAGAUGAUGAGCAUAUACUAAUGGACCCUGACCAAGCUUCUACACCAGUGCAUGAGUACACUAGAUAGAUUACCUUUAGUGAGGUACAUGACAUUUUUUGUUCAUAUGUUCUUUUAUAGUUAAAGGGACACUAUACUCACGAGAACAACUACAGCUUAUUGAAUUUGUUCUGGUGAGUAGAAUCAUUACCUUCAGGCUUUUUGCUGUAAAAACUGUCUUUUCAGAGAAAAUGCAGUGUUUACAUUACAGCCUAGUGAUAACUUCACUGGCCACUCCUUAGAUGGCUGUUAGAUAUCCUUCCUGGGUCAUGGCUGCCUAAAAUGCAUCCAAACAUUCAGUAUCUCCUCCCUCUGCAUGCAGACACUGAACUUUCCUCAUAGAGAUUAAUUAAUUCAAUUCAUCUCUAUGAGGAGAUGCUGAUUGGUCAGGGCUGUGUUUGAAUCAUGCUGGCUCUGCCCCUGAUCUGCCUCUUUGUCAGUCUUAGCCAAUCCUAUAGGGAAGCAUUGUGAUUGGAUCAGGCCACCACUUUUGAUGAUGUCAGCAGACAGCUUGUUUUUCUGAGGCAAACAGCAUGCAGAUUUACAGCUUCAGGCUUGAAUACAGUAAGAUUUUGCUAUAUUUAUGCAGGCAUGAGGGGCCCAGGGGGGCUAGAUGGUGGUUUUAACACUAUAGGGUCAGGAAUACAUGUUUGUGUUCCUGACCCUAUAGUAAUCCUUUAAUAUGAGUUACCUAAUCUGUAUAAUUGGCAUAUAUGUUUCUUUGUACAUCUUUUCUUAUGUGCACAAGUUACAAUGCUAGACUAACAUAGAUCGAGGCUGGAACAGCACAAGAAAUGUGCUUUCACGCUUAACCCCUUAAGGACACAUGACUUGUGUGACAUGUCAUGAUUCCCUUUUAUUCCAGAAGUUUGGUCCUUAAGGAGUUAACAUUGUGGAAAGUCCUUUUGCAAAAUAACGAAGCUGAACUCGUUAAUACCCAUUGCAGGUUAGGUGCAUAGUAAUGAUGUAUUAAUGUGUAUUGAUGUAACGAUCCGUAUUGUCAACUGUGUCAAUUGAAAUGGAUGUAUAUCUGAUUAUGUUUAUGAAACAAAAAAAAAAAUCCAAUAAAAACUAUUAAUGAAAAAAAAAAAAAACUCUUCUCAGAGGUGUGAGCUCUUCUCGGAAAGAAGUAUAGUAGCCCCCGUCGAAUCCAUCCGGUCCUGUGCCUUUAUUUCCUUUAAUUCCGAUAUAGCUAUAUCUAUUUUCUCACACGUAAUUUUAGAGUCCAGCUUUUCUAUCGGGGUAACUGGGGAAGCUCCAGGUUAUUCAAAAAACUACGCGUUUGGCCUUUGUCCCGCCCCCUCAGUUGCUGAGCCACUGGGGAGUGAUUAAAUAGUGCCUUGUAGAAGUCAGUGAAAACCGAGGCUAUGUCAGUUGGCGUUGUUUAAUUCGGGGUCUGGCUGAUUCGGUGCCUAUAUAUUAAUCAGAUGUAUCGUAUGGGAGAAUAAAGUGCCAGUGAGUAUAAUAUAGCGCCCUUCCGAAUCUAUUUCGGAGGACGUGAUUUGUAAAGGGCAGCUAUUGCGGACCAGGAUCACAAGGCUGUUGCGUUCGCUGUGUGAUCUAGCCUCGUAAGUCACAUUAUAGGUAUGGUCUCUCAAUCUAAAGUUGGCCUGUUUAGGGAUAUGUGUCUCUUGCAAAAAGGCGUUAUUAGACUUCAACCUCUUCAGUUUGCGGAACAGAAGACGUCGCUUGUUAGGGGUAUUGAGACCCUUCACAUUCAGGGAGGAAAUGUUUAUAGCCAUGGCCCUGGUAGAUUCGUUAUGCUGAUGUAUACGCCCACCUCUGCUCUCAGGAGGUUCCUACCCGGUAGCCAACCCUCAACCAGUCCAAGAUUGAUCUUCGCCCUCUAACCCCCAACCUACCCGCGUGUCCCGGUCCCUGAAGGAAGAAGAAGGAAAGGAGGAAAGAAAAAGAAAAUGGUACGCAGUUCGCAUACCGAGAGAUAGAUAUAGACCGUCUGGUCUUACAAGUUGCCAGACUCAUAUGGGGUACAUGUGCCGGCACCUCCAUCGUACAAAGCACUCGUGAGAUGUGGACCUGUACAUGCUGCGGUUCAACAGUUAAAACUCUAUCCAAUAUAUUGUUUAAAUGUAUGGGUUAUUGUACGUUCUAACUCCUUACUUAAUAUGUAUAUACACUUAAUUAUAUUUUACCAAUGUAGCAGCUACAACACUGAAUGUGAAACUCUCACAAAACACACAACCCUGUAACUAAACCAAAAACAGUGGAGCGUUUAUCUAUUCCUCAAGUUAAUUUAUAAAGGAAAAAACCUGUGAAAAAUACAAUGUCACUUAACUUCACUUCAAGUGUUCCAACUUGAACAAUUACUUUCUUUACACCUUUAACAAAAGUAAAAUAUAUAUAGUGUGAGACCACAAAUAAUUAUGUGACUUUAAUAGUAUUAAUGGAACACUCACAUAUUCCCGAGCUAUGGAAACCUAGCUCUGGUGUGGAAAACUUGCGGGUUCCGUUAUGGGCGACCCAUGUCUUCUUCAGUCGGGUAGAUUUUCAAUCUCCAGAGUUUUCUCAGGAUAAUAGAAAUAGAUAAUAUAGUGAAAUUCCGUUAGGUACACAAACGGAAUUUCACUAUAUUAUCCAUUUCUAUUAUCCUAUGAACAAUCCAGAGAUAUUUUAUUUAUUGGCAUAUAAAAAUAUAUUAAAAGUGGUAAAGAGCACACGUGUAGAAAAACAGGUCCUACAUGGACUUAUAUUAUAAUAGACUGUUAGUUAUAAAUUCUUGGUGAUAUCAAUGUUGUAACCCAUCAACAUGCAUUUUGACAAUAUAAUAAUACAAACAAAUAAUCAACCUAAAUGUUCUGGAUAAGGAGGGAUAGAUGACGGAGGGAAGAAACGGUUGAGGUCAUUAAUUGGUGAUUAAAUAGUGUUCCAUUGGGAGAUAAGACUUUAUUCUUAGUUGCUGUUUGGAAAUACGUGUAUCAAGGUGUUAUUCCAUUCUUGGGAGUGUUGCAACAUUUUCUCUCUUUUUUAAAAAAAAAUUAUUAUUAUUUUUUAAUAUUAAGGGGGAUGAGGUGGUUGGAUUUUCACGUCGCUAAAAUUGUGAGUUUACCACAGUAUUCGGGGUUUGUCAAAAGAGAACCUGAAUACCAAUUGCUGCAUUCUCAUUUUUUCAUCUGAUCAAUUCAUGUUGAUCUUGUUUUACAUUGCUACAAUGUCAGGUGCAGAAGAUCGUUUCCACAAUCUGGAAAUUACCAUGUUUGCUGAUAUUUUGAUGUCGUAUAAUACAGCUUAUGCAUGUUUUGAUAAUGUCCAUGGAAACAUGAAUAGGAGCCGUAUGUCUGGUUUUAGAGUAAUCUGGUGUUUCAAUAUCAAGCGUGUCAUCUUGAAGACCGCCUCCCUGAAUAGCUUAAAGGACCACUCUAGGCACCCAGACCACUUCAGCUUAAUGAAGUGGUCUGGGUGCCAGGUCCAGCUAGGGUUAACCUAUUUUUUCAUAAACAUAGCCGUUUCAGAGAAACUGCUAUGUUUAUGAAUGGGUUAAGCCUUCCCCCUAAUCCUCUAGUGGCUGUCUCAUUGACAGCCACUAGAGGCGCUUGUGUGCUUCUCACUGUGAUUUUCACAGUGAGAGCACGCAAGCGUCCAUAGGAAAGCAUUAUGAAUGCUUUCCCAUGUGACCGGCUGAAUGCGCGCGCAGCACUUGCCACGCGUGCGCAUUCAGCCGACGGGGAGGAGAAGAGGAGGAUCGGAGGAGGAGAGCUCUCCGCCCAGCGCUUGGAAAAGGUACGUUUUAACCCCUUUCCUCUCCCCAGAGCCGGGCGAGUAUGUUUUCCUGGCACUAUAGUGGUCCUUUAAGGAUCUUACAUGCCCACCAUAGUGCAGCAUGGUGCCUACCUCUGCUUGGCACCUCCAAUAGGAGUUAGUUACAGUGGGCCAUAUUUGGUGUAGUCUCGCCGGUACCAUAUUCCAUUUGUACAUAAGUUUGCGUUGCAGCUCUAAAUGGCCUAGACAGGAUAUUAUGCCCUUGUGUAGUGAAAUGGCUUUAUCCCAUUUCCCUUUCUCUAUACAGUAACCCAAUUCUUUGUGCCAAUAAUCCAUAAUAGGCCUCAUUGCUGUCCCCAAUUCCCAAAGUAAAUAGUACUACAAAAUGACUUUUUGUUGUGGUUUUAGUUGUAAACACAAAAAGUUGUGUUCGAACUGUGAUAGGGGUUCUCUGUUCUCAGAGUGACUUCUCCUUAGUUCGCCUGGGACAGGUAUGAUCUCAGUUGUAGGUAUGAGAACAGGAAGUUGUUAGGGAGCUCAUGUUGUUUAAGUAUGUUUUGAAAGGACAUCAGAACAGUUCAUUUGCAUAGCCGGCGUAAGUGGGAUAUCCCAUGUUUUUCGCAAAGGCUAUAUGGAUAGUUUGGAAUUAGAUAGGAAAUCAACUUCAACGGGCUUGCUAGGGUAAAUGGGUGUAAUUGGUUGGUUUACCCUUAAUCAUAUCCCAGACUUAGAAGGGUCGAUGGUAGCAUGUUUGACACUUUUGAUCUAGAUUUCGCUGGAAGCCACAACAUGGUAAUCAAGUUUCCUGUCAGAAUCCAUUGGGACUCCAGGAGGACCCAUUUGAAUCGAGUGUAUAUAUAUAUUCUUUAUUUAUAUAUUCUUUAUUUUGUUGUGCAGAUGAAUACAUACACGCUUGUGAUGCCACGACAGCAGGACAAGCAAAAGGAAAACAUACAGUGCUAGAGUAUAACAUGGCAUUCAGCGCAAUUGCACAAAUCUUAUAGUUAUGGUAUAUUAGUAAACAAGCAUUCUAUAUAUUAAAAUGACCAGUAUUGUAUCCGGGGCCUAGUGUAUAUUUUAAUGUUGUAAUAAGCCAAACAUUCAAAAACAUAGACAAUGAGAUCUGCAUGGAGACACAAUUAAAAAUAAAAUUAUAGCUACAAUAUAAUUUAAUACAAAACCGCUCUAAUUCAAGCCAUGUUCAGUGACCAGAAAAACCCAUAAAUUGGAAGUUUAGGUUUUGUCAUUGUCUAUUAUAGAUAUACAGGUGUUCCAUAUGCCAAAUCAAUUGACAAUGUGACACCUUAUCAAACUUGUCAUUGUCUUUUUAAUAUAUAUAUAUAUAUAUAUAUAUAUAUAUAUUUUAUUUUUUAUUUUUUUUUAAACAUAAUUUACACCACUCAGAAAUAAAGAGACUCAAAAAAGAGACUUAAAGUAGAAUUCAAAUUUUCAGUACUUAGCAGCUCCUUAAAAAAGCACUUAGCGUUUAAUAAAAAACAAACAAUGCCUUUCACGCACACUUAGGCGACUAUACUGCUCAUGUUUGUGAUUUACGUGCUUCACACUGUAUAAUGUCAUUGCAUAUAUUGUGCAUAUUGUUUGUACCACAAUAAAAAGAGAUUGGCGAGAAGAAAAAAAAAGCACUUAGCGGGCAGAUUUAUUCCAGUACCGUAACAUGUGUUUAAUCAGAAACCAGAAACCUUGGUUCUACGCCAUUGAUGCUCAGCCCAUAAAACAAUUAAAACCAUUUUUUCUGCAGAUUAUUUAUACACAACAUGUAUAAAGAUAUAUUUAAAUGUAAAUGUCUUACAGUUACUUGCUGAGUCUAGUUGGCACUUGUGUAGUUGUUUUUGGUGCUGGUCUGGUUAGAUAAGACCCCUUAAGGCAGAGAUUGUCACAUUUUUCCAUUAAAUGAAAUUGGUCUUUUCUCCGUAUAUUCAAGCUAUAGUCAAUUUUCUCUGUGCUAUCAAAUAUACUGAAGGCAAGCAGAGGAUAUCAGUACUCUAGAUAUUACCGGUACAUCUUGAAGCAGUUACAAACUCAGCAUACAUACAUAUCUGUUAUCUUGAUGCUUUAUUAAAUGUCACUCAACGUGGUAUUAUGGUAGUUUUGUAGCCAUUGCAAGUACUGAUAAAAUGUGCUUCAGAUCAUUAUUGAUUCUAAUGCAGAUCUAACCAGAAAGGGAUUCUGUUAAUCAUGGGCCGUUCUCUAGAUCAUUAAAAAGACUACUAAAAGAGUGACCAAUUCUAGAGACGGGUUAGAAAAUCGUUUAGAAUAGUCCGUAUUUGUAGCUUAUUCUUUGACAAUGUCAUGUGGUUAUUUAUCGAUAAGUCUCUCUCCCUCUCUCUCACAGAUAUGUCACCAAUAGCAGCAGGUUUCAUUGGUGCCACCGUUUUGGUAGUGUCUGUGUCUUUGACAGUCUUUAUCUGGACCUGCUGCCACAACCGAGCUGAGAAGAAAAACAAAAACCCACCGUAUAAGUUUAUACAUAUGCUGAAGGGCAUCAGUAUCUACCCUGAGACACUUAGCAACAAAAAGAAAACAAUUCGCAUCCGCAAGGACAAGAACCUGUCUAGCAAUGACACUACUCGAGGGAACCUCCUGGCAGACAAAGCGGAGGCUGGUUUAAUAGAUCACGAGAAAGGUCCAAAUGGACUGGCUACUGCCACAUGUGUAGACCAACUAUCGGUCAAAGGGGACUACGGGGAUGAAGUAAGUCCAGUUCAGAGCCUUAUAUCUAGUGGCAGUAAAACCUCAUCCCUUUCAUCUCCAGAAGAUGAUAUCAUGCUUGGAUCACUGACUCUUUCUGUGGAUUACAACUUUCCCAAAAAAGCUUUGGUGGUGACAAUACAAGAGGCCCAUGGACUUCCCGUGAUGGACGAACAAGCUCAGGCUUCUGACCCUUACAUUAAAAUGACCAUCCUUCCAGACAAGAAACACAGAGUAAAGACACGAGUCUUAAGAAAGACUCUUGAUCCGGUGUUUGAUGAGACUUUCACAUUCUAUGGCAUUCCAUACAGUCAACUCCAGGAUUUGGUACUUCACUUUCUAGUGUUGAGUUUUGACCGUUUCUCCAGGGAUGAUGUCAUUGGAGAAGUCAUGGUUCCAUUGGCAGGAGUUGACCCCAGCACUGGCAAAGUUCAGUUAACCAGAGACAUAAUCAAAAGAAAUAUUCAGGUAAAUUAAACAAAAAUGGACAAUAUUAUCAAGCUCAAGACACUCGCUCAUCAACUUUUCUUACCAUAGAAAGAAAUCUGUGUGAUAAUAUGGCAUUUAUAUUUAGUUUUACAGUAGAUUUUAUUCAUAUUGAAAGUAAAGGCUUCAGAUAAGUCUCAAUCUGUUUUUUUUUUCUGGCUGUAUGAGUAGAUGGGCAUUUAAAAUUAAAGCUGACGAAUUAGAAAUCCACAAUUCAAUAGUUCAGUCUUCAGCUACAAAAGCAUAUAUAUUUAUGAAAUUUUACUUGUGAGUCAUUUGAUGCAUAAAAAUCUUGAAUAUUGCAAUAUCAAAUCAUCUCAAAAAGUAUGGCAUACUUAAAUUAGAUCCUUCUAAUGCUUUAUAAUCUGGAGAACACUUUUACAACAAAGUUUUCUGGAUUAAAAUUUAAAAAAAACAAAAAUGAAUUUCCAAUAAAACUAUUCAAGAUUUUUUACAUAUCGGCAACUUACAAAUAUGUCUCCUAUUAAUACCUUUUUUGGUAAGCAGAAAGGUGGGAUUGACGAUUCCCGGGCUUGCAAGUGAGCCUCUUAUCAUUAUACUACAAUAAGCCACUUUUGAAUUAGUAUAUCCCAGUUGUAUUUUUUUUUUUUUUUUUGUAUAGUUUAUGUACUCCUUUUCAUAUCAGCCUUGGGAAAAGGAGAGACUAGAGUUUAAAUUUAGGCUCAUUGACUGUGGUUUAAAAACAAACAGUGACUCGCAAUUAUAUCUGUAAUGUUAAAAAGAACUCCCUAAAGGUCAGUUCCCUUCCCCCCCCCCACUAUUAUUGGUGGCUCUGUCCAAAUAAUACAAUGUCUGGCUUUGGACAGUAACCUUCUUCCUGUUGGGUGGACCUUUGAUUUCUUUCCGCUGGAUUACAUUUCCUUUACAGAAAGCUUGUUAUAACAGUCAGCACCAGCUCAUUAAAAAUUGUGCAUAAGCCUAGACAUCAGAGAUUGGAAAUAAGUGGUCAGCCUAAGGACCUCUCUCCACGUUAGUGUGUGCAUGGUCUACAUGCCUACGGCUACAGAGAGAAAGAUAUAUUUAUAGAUAUUCUCCAGCCCUCUAAUCACAUUAAGUAAAAAGUCUAAUUUUUAGUAAGGCCCCGAGGUUGCUUUAUCAACCCUCACUAAAGUUCAGUACUCAGUCAGCUUAGGAAAAACAGAAUGAACAGGUCAUUGAGUAGUAACUUCAUAGCCCAAAAUAGAUCAUCUGUUGUGUGUCAGAGGAAGUGUUUAACUCCUUGUUGAUUAUUACAUUUAUUUUUAUAUGAAAGCAAGAGAGAAUCAAGGCAGGAGAUCUUUGUGGUCAGAAUGAAACCUGCAUUUAAAUUGAAAUAUCAUAUUAAUAUAAAUGAAAACUCUGAUUUCUCCACAGAAAUGCAUCAGUCGUGGGGAGCUGCAAGUCUCACUCUCCUACCAGCCUGUGGCCCAAAGAAUGACCGUGGUGGUAUUAAAAGCUAAGCAUCUACCACGAAUGGACAUCACUGGUCUCUCAGGUAGCAGCUAUUUAUCCAUCUUGUCAUUGUAGUAUGAUCCAAUAUAAGGAAAUCCUGCUCCACAAUAAUACUGAGGUUGUAACAUGUUGUGGAACAGUAGUACUCAGAGGUCCGAAUAGGAACACGUUUACAAGUUGCUUGGGGUAAACACAAAAUUAUGUUAUAUGAGGAUGCUCAGAAGAUGCUCCGAAAUUCAUUGGAGAUUAUAUAUAGUAUGUCUCCUAAUAGUCAGACUAUUGCCCUGUGUCCCUUAGAACAGCAUACUACAUUUUAGAAAAUUACACAAAACAGAGAAAUUAAAUCAUAUAAAAGAACAAUUCUUAUAUAGCACAAGCAGUGCAUCUGGUUCUGUAGAAAUAAUUUAUCUGUGUACAAUCUAUGGUUUUGUGGAAAGAGUUGAGAUGUCGCCCUAAUAUAUUCAACUUUUUACAAAUGUUGAUUUUAAAAUGUAGACUAAAACAUUAAACACAACCAAAAUUACAAUAAUUCUGAAUUUCAAAUGAAACAGCACUACAAGGGUGCCAUUGAUAAUGAUGUGCAUCAAUGCAGAGCAAGUAAAGGUACACAUUGCACUCAGUGGUGUAUCCUGGUUUUGUGCUGCCCUAGGCAGGACAAAACUCAGGUGCCCCCCUCCCCCCGCGCCACCCCCACCCAACCCUCCCCCCCGCCCCACCUUCUAAAUACACACACACAGUCAGACACACAAACACACAGUCAGACACAAACACACACAGUCAGACACAUACACACACACACACACAGUCAGACACAUUCACAGACACAAACACAGUCAGACACAAACACACACACAAUCAAACACACAGAGUCAGACACACACACACACAGUCAGACACACACACACACAGUCAGACAUAAACACACACACAGUCAUACACAAACACACACAGUCAGACACAAACACACACAGUCAGACACACACACACAGUCAGACACAAACACACACACAAUCAAUCACUCACAUUAACUUUUUUUUUAAUUCCCUCCCCCAGCCUCCUUACCUUUGGGAGUGCUGGGGGGGUCUCUCUCUCCCUGGUGGUCCAGUGGCUGGCGGUCGGGCUGGGCGGCGCUGGCUGCUGUGCAGGCGGCUGGCGAGGGAGCUCUUCCCCUGAGCUGACUGCUCAGCUCCCUCGCUCGCCGCAGAGUGAGGCUGGGAGCCGGAAUAUGACGUCAUCUUCUGGCUCCCAGCCUCACUCUGCGGCGCGCGAGGGAGCUGAGCAGUCAGCUCAGAGGAAGUGCUCCCUCGCCAGCCGCCCGCCCGCUCGGGAUGUCUGUUAGCCGCAAGUGCAAGUUUUUGUAACCCUAGAGAUGAUAUUUAACAUGGCACUAUAGUAAAGCUAUAUUCUUAAAAAUAGAUUUUAAAAAUGCAUACCUGUACCUUUUACCACAGAUCUGUGGUAGCCACAUGAACUUAGUAAUUGGUGAUGUUCUCUCCCUCCUGACAGAUCCAUACGUCAAGGUGAAUGUCUAUUAUGGCAGGAAGCGCAUCGCAAAGAAGAAGACUCACGUCAAGAAGUGUACUUUGAAUCCUGUCUUCAACGAGUCCUUCAUCUAUGACAUCCCCACUGAACUACUGCCUGACAUCAGCAUUGAAUUCCUUGUCAUCGACUUUGACCGCACCACCAAGAACCAGGUGGUGGGUAGGAUAAUUUUAGGGGCGCACAGUGUCACAGCCAACGGCAUUGAACAUUGGCAGGAGGUUUGCGACAAUCCCAGGAAGCUGAUUGCCAAAUGGCACAGUCUGAGCGAGUACUAGGUUCUGCGUCUAGUGAAAGUGGGGGCAUAUAAGAUGGGUGGAAGAGAUAGAUACAGGUCAAUAAGGUGGAAAAGAAUGAUGGAGCCAAAUUGGCAGGAAGAUAUCCAUUUUUGUGUAACCUUGUAUAACUCCCUCCAGUGACUAAGGCACCUUUAAAUGAUUGCGUUGAAGGUUGGCCCAAUACUAAAGGUGUUAACCUCGUUUUAGUGGUAGAUCAAAUUUUCUUAGGCAGUCGGUCCUUACAGGACACGCUAACUCUCAAAAAUGUACUAACACAACUUGUUAAAUAUCAAUUCCUACAAUAAUAACUUGUUUGCAUGUUUACAGCCGACUGAAAAUAUUUCACUUAUUCCUGUUAUGAUUUCUGUUUGUCUCCUCAAAUACCAUGUAAAUGCCAGGUAUCCAAUGAUAUUCUUAUGGUCAAGACAGAGGUAAGAUGUGUUCAAUAAACUGUUCAUCUCAGGAGAAGUUUAGCUCACACACAGGAAAUUGAUUGGUAGAGAUAAUCUGAUUAUCACCAACUCAAUUAAUUAUACGAAUGUGGAUGAAUUAUAAAAUAAGUAAAGAUGUACAGUCUUCACAUUAAAAGGGGGUUUUAUUUUGCUGGGGAGCUUUUUGGAUCACAAGCAAGUAAACAGUCUGAUCAGUCUUUAAAAGACCGAUUUCCCAUCUGUCCAUACUUAGGUAACCUGCAAUCAUAAUAGGUCUAUAGGACUUAUUGUUCUAAUAGCAUGCAUUUUUUCUCAACCCAGUGGUCCUUUCCUGGUCACUCUGUUCCUCUACUGAUCCUGAAUUAAAUAUAUAUAUUUACAUUUUGAUUGUAGUCUACGUGGUGAGCUGUGACUUGUUUGAUUUCAAACCAGGAGGUAAAGAGGCCCUUCUUAAUAAGAAUAAGAUACAGUGGUCAGGCAGGCUAAGGCAGAAUGAAUUUAAACGCACAAGGUUCUUGAGAAAAUUGGACCUGUUAGUGGAAGUACCAUAGAUGUUCAGACACCCAAAUGAUCUUGCAGCUGUUUAAUAUGAUAAACAGUUCUUAAGGUUGCAGCCCACUUUGUUAUGUUUUGAUACAACUGGAGUCAUGUUGUGCAGAUACCCAAAACCACAGUAUAGGUGAGUGAAAACAGACAGAUAUAGUAAUUUUGCAAAAAAAAUGAUCAAACACAUGUAAACAUAUAGCAUACAUGUGCCAAGUAGGGAUCACACAUGAAAUACUGUAACACAUAUUAAUCUCAUAAUUUAUUUUAUUAUCUGACAAUUUUCUACCAAGCUAGUGUAUACCAUUAGCUGGGUUUCGAUUUUCACUAUAUAUAUAUGUGUAAAACUUAACGUACAGAUUUUGCAAUGUUAAGGAGUUAUUCAGAGUUCUUUCAACGUAAUGAUUUGUAAUAAUUCCAGCUUCUUUGUAUUGCAUUAUGAGUAGAACGCAAAGCGCAAUUAUUCCAAUGUAUCUGGCUUAGCUAGCAUAAUGGUCCUUUCAAAUUACUGUCACAGAAUUCACUGGUUCAAAGCCAUAAUGAAAUGGGUUUUUUAUUAAAAGAGCUUUUGAGGCAAAGUUCUACAUUUAGAACCUACGAGCAGGAACAUAUUGGUUUCCAUAGUGAUUGCUCCACUUUUAAAAAUGCCUCAAAUUUGCUGUUCAGAAACAAAUCAAUGUCCAAAGUGUAACCUUUACAAAUACCUGUAUAUGCUUAUCAAGAAAGGGAGGGGAGUGGAAUUCAUUUCUGUAAUUCACUUUUAGGCUGAAUAAAAUUACAGUUUCCUUUUAAUGCCAACAGUUUGGGGUUGUUACAGAUCAUUGACCUUCUAUCUUCCCAGACUACAGGAUAGUAUUCUAUAUUUAUAUGGGUUCAAAAAAUACCGCCGUUUCUAUUAGCUGGCUUUAUCCGUUAUCUGUAAUACAACACAGAGGUUCGUUUAUUUGCUAAGUUUAGUGGUUAUAACCCAAUAUAAAAUAUCAAUUCAAAAAAAGUCAAGAAGCAGUGUGUGCAUGGAUGUGAAACAAAUACAAAGCUGUAAAAAAACGUCCUGCCGAUUAUCACCGACGCAUUCCAUGUUAGAUAUUUGAAAUGUGCUAGCUCUACAUGGGCUUGGAAGCUAUGCUACUUUAAUAAUUUACUUCGCCAUAAGAGUGCAGUGCUUUGGAGUAAUGUUUCCCACAGCCUGAGAGAAUUUUUUUUAAUUUUCGAAAAUCUGAGAUUUUGUUAAGGUGUAUAAACCUUGACAUCCUUUAUUCUUUUUAGAAUACAUAUACAUAGGAGAAAGUUGCAAUUCAGUUUUAUUGUGCUCUAGAAAUCCUCUCAGUGAUCCCUUGGCAACCUCUGCUUUCUCUGUGCCCAUUUAGCAAGACCAGCUUUCUCUGUGCACUCCUGGCAAGCUCUGAUCUUCCUUUUAGAAUGAUCUGUUCUCUCUGUGCUGCCAAGUGUUGCCCUAUUUGUGCUCUCUAACUGGUUUUGGUUUUGGCAAAAAAGUGAGAAACAAUUUAAUUGUUAUUAUAACAACACUCUGAUGGUAUUGCAUUCAUUAUAUUUCAUGCUACAGUGCCAUGGAUAGUCCCUAAACCUAACAUGGAAAGGCCUAUGCUAUAGCUUUGGCUGAGAAGGAUGGCAGUUACAAUGCAUGAUAUCUUGAGAGCAGUAGGUAACUUAGCGGCUAGUGCUAUGCACCCACCUAACCCUAUGAGCUUGCUAUCACAAAAUUGCCAUGGAUAGUGUUCUAAUCUUAAACUGAGAUGCUAUGGUUGGGUGUUAUCAUAACCCGUAAUGGUAAGGAAGACCUAACAGCGCCAUUAAAAGGGCACUUUUAUGUAUAGGGCAUUGAUGAUGCCUUGUCUUAUGCAAAUGUGCUAUAAUGACAUGUAGAAUAUUUAAACUGACAUUCUUAAAUGAAUAACCUUUUUCGCCUCUCCCACUGGAAGCUCUAUUCUAUGCUCCUUCAGUGAGCUCUAAUUUCUGCACCUUUCACUCUCUCUCAGCUCUGCCUGCAAUCUAUGUUUUUAAUGCUUCCUGACAUUCUGAAAUCAAAGCUCUGCUUUAACCUGCUCUCUUCUCUGUGAUUUCGAAGUAAGCUGUGGUUUCUUUUAGAAAUCCGCACUGCCUCUAUGCUUUUUAAUUAAGCUCAGCUUCUCUUUUGCCCUUUAAGCAAGCUAAGCUCUGUAGACUCCCAUAAUGCUGAUACAUAUCUGUGCUGUCACACACAGAUAUUAUCUUUUUGUUCUGCCAAUUAGCUCUGUUGUCUGUGUUUUCUCCCAGCAAGCUCUGCUCCCUGUAUGUCAUUUCAGCAGGCUCUCAGUAAGCUCUGCUCUAUCAGUGUGAUUUAGCAGCAAGCUCUGCUCUAUAUUCUCUCCAAGCAAGCUCUGCUUCAUUAUUGCUCUCCCAGAUAGCAUUGAUUUCCAAAAAAUCUGCCUUGACUCUACCACUUUCUCUUUUUUGCAGUCUCCUGGCAACAGCAAAAUCUGCUCUCUGUUCUUUUACCCCGCACUCUAUCUAAACAAGCUCGGCCAUAUAUUUGUAAGCAGACUUUUCUAUUUAAUCAAACAUUGCUCUUUUGUAAAUACACACCUUUACCAGGAACUUACAUUGUGAAUUCCCUCUAUCAGCCUUUUGCUCUCUCGUAAAACACUGCAUUCAUUCUGCUUUCCCUGCACACUCUGCCCUCCUAAGCCAUCUCAUCAAUAUGUUGAUUUUUUUUCUAUGUAUCUUUUCCCUUAAGUAAAGAUCUUGAAAUCUCCCUUGCAUCUCUAGAUAUUGUCAAAGCUCUCCUCUUUCUGUUUACAGAAGGGUUUCUUGCUCUAUAUAAGUAAAUGGAUACGUCUUUUGUUCUUCUGGUCUUAAGGACUGUAACAACCAAUCAACCCCUCCUUUCUCUAGGCCCCUUCUGUGAGAGAGCAGAACAGCUUUCCUCAUGAUCUGCUCUGGGGAGGGAGACAAGGGUUUGGCUUAUCGUGUUGACAUGAAUUAUUCCAGUCUGGAGAAUUCUCCAGGGGGACAAUCAGGAACAGAGUACAGUUAUGCUGAUGCAUUUGUGCAUUUAAUGGGCAAAGCCUCUUUCUUAGUGCAUGCCAAAUUCUCUCCUCCAGAAUACAGUUUAAAAAGCCAGUCCUCUCCUAAGCACUGUAAAUACACAUUUAAUCUUUCCAAUGGAACGGCUGUCACGUUUAACGUGCAGAUGUCUCACGACUGCUACAGAGGAAAGGUAUGAACCAAAGUGGAGAGUGUUUAACACAAAUAAUACAUGUUUGCACCUUCAGUCCCCUGCCUGUGUGUGAGGCCUGGUAAAAACUACACCUCACAGUGCCUUGCUCAUAUGUUCACAAAAAGGAGAUUCUCUGAUUUCUCCUCACCCUAUCUCCUCUUUAGAUAUAUAUGAUCCUGAUACAUUCAUUUCAAAUAUAGAAAAAUAUACAAACAAUAAAAGCCCUUUUAAUUCUAAAGUGUGUGUGAACCUGCAUAAUGCUGUACGCUAUAUUCUGUAAUGCUCUAUUGUACGUUGAAUUUGUUAACACACCAAUAAAGAUUGAUUCACUUGAAUUGAGCACAUUGCUGGAGUCUGAAUGUGUUAGGAUGAAUAGCUGGAGCCUUGAACUUGGACAAAAGGCAGCUGAAUAAGCUGAUGUCAUGGAUGUGUGAGUAACCAGGAGAUGGCAGGCGCUGAGGGCGAGAUUAGCUCAUUGCUCUCUCACAUUAACUGCUGCAGUGCCAGCAGGGCUAGCAAAUGGAAUUAUAACAUGAAUGAAAGCAAAAUAUCUCCAAUGCAUGAAAGAAAGUCCUAGAAUGCUUCAGUAUAAUGGUGUAUAAACAUUUUUUCAAAAACAAAAUAAAACCAAAGCAAAAAAGAAAAGGAGUAUAAAAUAUCAAAACAGUAGCAAGAACAAAGAAG